CAUUGACCUCAUUAGGCACCGGCCACCCUCUCCUGUAUAAAAACCAGGCUGCAGUGGGACGUCCCAAGCUCUGGGCCCAUCCAGAUCCCCUCAUGUCCCCAGAUGGUUUUGGACGAUGGCACGUGUACUUGUUGGAUGUGAUUGUGAAGGGGGCCCUCUUCCAGUAGCGACCUCUCCUCUGUGCAGAUGGACCCACCCAGCCUCGCACACAGACCCUGCAGCCUCUCCAGUGUCCCGUGCCUGCUUUGACACUUCUGCUUGAAUGCCCUCACAGUCACAGAGUCACCCACUGUCAGCAUGUUUGUCACUUUCCGUCGGCUGAGGAGAUGCCAGUAUGUGCAGCUCAUGACCACUUGCUUGGUAUUGUCCCUGGUCAUGGUGUGCUGGGAGCAGCUUGAUAACACUGUCGUCAGCCAUGUCAAGUCAGUGUCUUUUCGCUACUUCAUCAAUCGCUUCAGUAUGGUUAACAAAAGUCUUACCAUUCCAAGAGAGCAAGCUCUGGUUUUCAGUAACUUUCCAUACCUUUUGGACCAUCCAGAAAAGUGCAAGGACCAAGAUGUCCUGCUGCUCCUCUUUGUCAAAACAUCUCCAGAGAACAUUCAGAGGAGACAAGCCAUCAGAUCCACAUGGGGCAAUCAAACCUACAUCCGGCAGUCACUUGGUGUCACAGUAAAAGUGCUGUUUGUGUUAGGAGCUCUAGAGGCCUCAGAUGAGAGACCAGACAGAAGCACCUACGGCCCUCAGGAACAGUUGGAGUUUGAAGACAAACUUUAUAGUGAUCUCAUCCAGCAGGGCUUCACUGACUCCUUCCACAAUCUGACCCUGAAGCUGCUCAUGCAGUUCCACUGGAUGCACCAGCACUGCGCUCACGCUCGCUUCCUUAUGACUGCAGACGAUGAUAUCUUUGUGCACAUACCCAACCUGGUGCAGUACCUCCAGGACAUGAGCAGGAGAGGGCUCACUGACCUCUGGGUGGGCAAAGUGCACAGAGGAUCACCACCAGUUCGAAGUCGAAGCAGUAAAUACUAUGUACCCUAUAAUAUGUACCCAUGGCUGUCGUACCCUGACUACACGGCUGGCGCGGGCUAUGUAGUUUCAAGCGAUGUGGCAGACAAAAUUUAUCACGCCACCCUGACUUUGAAUGCAUCCCUUUAUAUUGAUGAUGUGUUCAUGGGCAUCUGUGCCAAUGCUAUAGGUGUGUCUCCUCGAGAGCAUGCGUUUUUCUCAGGUGAGGCUAAGGCCCCCUACCACUCCUGUAUCUACAGCCAAAUGAUGACCUCACAUGGGCAUGUGGAGGAUAUCUAUGACCUUUGGAAGGCCGCUACACACCCUCAGGUAAAGAAGGAAGGCCCAGGGUUGAUAGGAAGACUUUACUGCACUAUUGUCAAAGUGGCUCUGCUCUGUAGACCUUACUAUGUAAAUAGCUACCCAUGCAAAGCAGCCUUUUCAUAGUUUUACCACCUGUGUAUCCAACACUAUGUAAACAUGGAUGUACUGACAUUGCUGCUGGCACUCACACACUAAAGUGUGCCCACCUCACGCAGACGCUGUCAAUAAACAUGCACCUACUGCGAAUAAUGAAGCAAAUUGCCUUUUUUGCCUUUAGUAAUAUCAGUGAUAACAUUGCAGAUGUGCAAGUAUUCUUUUG